GUUAGCGGUGUAAAGGUAUGUGACAUGCUGGAUUGGGCUGGCGCAGACUUAGCAGCAACGAAGAAGGAAGAGGAGACUCAAUCUUGGAGUAAGAAGGAGAAGGAAUCACCACAGAAAGCAAGGUUGCAACUUCCUCCUGACAUUGAUAACGAGGCAGAGAGAAAAGUAAAGAAAGUAACAGACAAGUUGUCGGAGUGUCUUCAUUUAGCUGCCAACGAACCAUCACUGGGUCUGUAUAGACUACAAGAACAUGUAAGACGUGCAGUUCCUGACUCUGUUGAAAGAAAAAGGCAAUUGAAAAAUAUACAGCAAAGAGCUCAAGGACUUGGAUAUGAUGCCGAUUAUGCUGUUAAAACACUGCAAAGUUUGUCUGGAAUGACACACUUUCGUGGUGUGCAGGAACAGCUGAAGAAAGCGAUUGAAUUCAAACGGAAACUUAAUGCCAACAAACUGAAGCUGGAGCGAGCACAAGUCACCGGAUAUUACAACGAAGCCCCAACUGGCCUGUCUCAGAGUUUGCCAGUGACAAGUUCGGUACGAUCUGGUAGUUCUGCUGUGAGUGGAAUCUCAGAUCCAGGUCUGGCAACUCAAUCAAGUCUUUCAUCUGACUUCACUUCUCUGCCAACUAUUGUCAACGUGGAGACCAGUAAAAGCGAAGGAGUUAGUGUUGCUGGACAAACACAAUUGCCUGGAACACCAACUACGAGUCGUGCAACUGGCCAACAAACACCAGAAGACAUACCAGAGCUUGUUCCAAAAAGAUUUUCUUAAUAAAAUCUGCAGAUAUAAUAAUAUAAUUUUGACCUCUAUUGUAAUUGUUUACAAUUUACAGACUUCUAACUAUUGGCUAGCUGUA